UAUAGAGAAAUUCUAUGGAGAAAUUCUGCACAUGCGCUAGCAGUUCUCUGGUAACACCUCAAACUACUUUACCGCAAUGAGUCUGCCAAGGUGAUUACAUAGUCGAUGAUAUAGUAUCUCGCUUGUUUACUUGGAGUUACCCUUUUGUGCCUGUGUGGUCUUGCAAACACAAAAAUGAAUACAAAGGAGGUAGUGGAGAAUUUGACAGAAACUUGCAAUCGGAUGCGUUCUAGUAUUCUUUCUCUAUAUCCCAAACAUAAAGAAGAAAUAGUGAAACGCAUUCGGAAACACAUUAAGCAAUUCAAACAAACUGGAGCAAAAGCUCCUGAUUUUGAAGAAGGAUUGGAAUGGUUCAAUGUAUCAGAAAGCUUAUCACUGACGCAACAUCUGAAAGGAAAAAUUGUGCUUUUAGACUUUUUUACGUACUGCUGCAUCAAUUGUAUGCAUGUUUUAGUCGAAUUAGAAGAGGUUGAGAAAAAGACUUCUGUAGAAGAGGGGCUUGUUGUAAUUGGAGUUCACAGUCCAAAGUUUACAAAUGAAAAGAGCUCGAAGAAUGUCUUAUCUGCUAUACAAAGAUACAACAUCAUGCAUCCUGUAGUAAAUGAUACAAAAUUAAAAAUGUGGUCUGAUAUGGGAAUUAUGUGUUGGCCCAGUCUCAUUAUGUUGGGGCCCGAUGGUCAACUCCUGGCUGCUUUUACGGGCGAAAAUCGCAGAGAUGAAAUAAUCUUCUACACAAAAAUAGCAAUUGCGCAUUUCAAAUCCUUAAAUCAAAUAUCGAAUCAUAGUCUUCCACUGAAGCCAGCGCACCACCUUUUACCAUCUUCAAAAGAUGGUUUAUUAUUUCCUGGUAAAUUAGCAGUUCUGCCAUUCAAACAAGGGACAAAGCUUGCCAUAUCGGACAGUGGUAACCAUAGAAUUGUGAUUGUCGAUGAACAUGGAAAAGUGGAGCAUACUAUAGGCGGAUGCAACCAGGAUUUUAAAGAUGGUGAUUUCAAUACUGCUAGAUUUAAUUCGCCUCAAGGAGUUUGCCUACUCAAAGAUAAAAUCUACGUUGCUGAUACUAAUAAUCAUGCUAUUAGACAAAUAGAUUUGACCGAGAAAACUGUGUCCACUAUAGCUGGCACUGGUUUACAAAGUUCACAAGGCAAGGUUCAUGAUCGCGUGGGCGGGAAACAUGGCAGUAAACAAGCUCUGUCAUCUCCUUGGGAUGUGGCAAUAUAUCAUCAUGAACAUAAAGAUGUUGUCGUACCAGUCCUGUUAAUCGCGAACGCGGGCACUCAUCAAAUCUGGGCGUUAUUUUUCGAAGACACUAUUUGGUGGAAAGAAAAAAAAUACGAGGCAGGCACGUGCGUUGCUAUUGUCGGAAAUGGUGAAGAGCUGAAUCGCAACAACACUUAUCCCCUUUCUGCUGGAUUGGCUCAACCUUCUGGCAUCGCAGUCGCUCAAGAAUUAAGACUUGCCUUCCUAGCCGACAGUGAAAGCAGUACUAUCAGACGCUUGCAUUUUGACAUUGGUCAAGUAUCUCAGUUAUGUGGCGGGAAUCCAAAUCCAAUGGACUUAUAUGCUUUCGGAGAUAGAGACGGAGAGAAAUUCAUGGCUAGACUGCAACAUCCAUUGGGUAUAGCGUGGAAUCAUUUGAACAAGCAAAUUUAUGUGGCCGAUACUUAUAAUCAUAAAAUUAAAGGCGUAGCUAAUGCAUCAGGGUGUUGCAAGACACUAUUUGGCGAUGGAAAACCUGGGCCUGAAUUUUCUUUUGAUGAACCAAGCGGUCUUGCUGUCAGCCCAGACGGUAAAAUUCUUUAUGUAGCGGACACUAAUAAUCACUCUAUUAAGAUGAUUGAUCUGAAAAACAAGAAAAUAUCAACCAUGACCAUCGUAUUCGAUAGCGAUUCGAAUAAAGAUACCGAUGAUAAAGAUAUCGAUCAUACAUUUACUUUCGAUACAGCAGUCAGUACACAUGGUGGAGAAUUAAAUGUUUCGUUCAAAAUCGUAUUUUCGAAUGAUUUUAAACUAAGUGCAGAGGCACCGCAAAAAUGGCACGUGACCUUACCUGUCGAUACGUGGACAACAAACUCCUUGACAGGUGAACUGUCGACUCCCGUGUCGGUGAAACUUCCCGAAGAUGAAGCGCAUAAUCAGUUGCGCGUUGCGUUAAACAUAAUAGCUUGUACAACGGAAACGUGUGUACCAUUCAAGUUAUCCGUGGUGUUUAACGUGCAACGUAAAGUGGACGCACCGACAGUUGUGACUGAGGAAAAAGAACUCGUCAUUGGCUAGGGAUUGUGAAUUUUAUGAUUCUAGCACAUAUGUGGAAAAAUACAAAAACACGUUGCAUAGUAUGUAUAAAUUUUAUAUUAUUUUCUAAGAAAUAGAAAAAUUGUGCAUAUAUAUAUUUAGAUGGUUAUUGCAAACAGCAAUGUUACUCAUAUGAAUUCUGUAAAAUGUUAUGUACUACUUACUUACUUAAUACUUAAUAAGUUACUUAAUUAAUUGAUUUUUGAUUGCUUUAAGUUCAAUAUCCAUGUUUUGUGAGUUUUAAGUACAUUUUUUUUGUUCACGAAUGUCUGGCAAAUUUCGUCAGACUUAAACAUUACAAUUAAAACAAUGGAGAUGGAAUCGA